AAUGCACUGCAUGCACUAGUCUACCACUGCCUCAUGCAAAGAUGCUGUGACCACUGACACAAGCAAACUUGGCCUCACUUAAGAUUCUAAUAAAUAGUCUUUGUCUUGUUCACUGACCGGGCAGCAUUCUAUAAACUCUGUGUCACAAAUGUACAUGUCCUGUCAGUAAAGAACUGUGGUUUUUCCUCAGUGCUACAUGGACAUAUUACAAAUGCCGGACAAUAUGUUGAAUUUGUGUGUCAUUUUUAUUAAUCAUGAGGUUUUACACUCAGAAAAAACACCUGCUCUGUGUGUGAUUGUGCUAAAACUGCAGCAAACUGAAUGAAAGUGGUUUCAUGACAGCUUUUUUCUGCUCAAGAUCGCUGAAUGACACAGUUUAAAAGAGUGUGCGAGUCACUAAGAGGGAGCCACUUUCUUCUCGUAUCAAUUCAGCUUGUGUUGCCAGUGAUUUGACUUGAAUUUGGGGAUUUUUUUUUUUAAACAUUUCUUUUCAAACAGCUUCUUUUCUCAGUAUAAAACACGGUAGAUUGUGAUACAGGGGACAUUCUAUUUCAACGGAUGAGGACACGGAUCCAUCAUUUAUCAAGCGUGAAUCAAAACCGUGUGAUAGCGUCCACAUUUAAAAGAAGUGACAUCUGCAUUCUGUGUACAUGACUCCACUUCACUGAACACUCUCUUCACAUGUGUGUAUGUGAGAUACGACGUAAAAAAUACAACAAAAAGCUACAUAUAAUAAAAAAAAAACAUAAAUAAAGCCUGUGCACCUACACAUUUCUGUGUCCACGGCUGCUACUGCAUUUAUGGCAGAGAUGUAAUAGACUGUAUAAUCCAGGGGUGUCAAACUAGUAUCAGUCAAAAUUCUGUUAACAUUUCACAUUAUGAUGACAGUCUGCUCAUAAUGUGACUAUAACUAUAUUUGUCAGUUUCAGACACCUGUGACUGUUGAAUGUUUUGUGGCUGUGUUAAUCCACUGUGAUCUGUCUGUUGUAAUAAUGCACACGUGUAAAUGGUAAACUUUUGCUUGUUGUUUAUGGGUUAUUUUGCUAUUAUUUUGAAAUUUGAUACCCCUGGAUAAUCCGUCCUUAUCAGAUCCUUAUGUCUCUGUCGCUGUGUCAUGUGUUCAACAGUAAAAAUGUUAAAAUGCCAGUCCACGGGCUCACCCCCAUUCUGCUGCGCCUGUUACCUCUGUGGAUGAUCCUGACACCAAUCUCAAGUCGGCUGAUACAAAGAACAGCGCUCUGCAAUCAUGCCCAGCUCACGUCGGUGCCUUCAGAAUUACCGCGCAACAUAGAGGAGCUUCAGCUCAACUACAAUCACAUCCAAACACUACGAGGCGACUCUCUGCUCGCUUACCCUUCACUAAACAGCCUGAGCUUAGCUUCUAACGCUCUGGAGAAAAUUGAAUCAGACACUUUUCAAAACUCAAAGUUGUUAAAAAGCCUUAAUUUGGCAAAUAACAGUCUUCAUAUUGGCACACAAGAGACCAGUGACGCUCUGAAGAAGUUACCUGGACUUAGAGCUUUAGAUCUUUCGGAGAAUAAGCUUUGGGAUGAAAUGGUCAUCACUCUUCUCCAGAAUUUGACGUCCUUAGAAUACCUCAAUCUCUCGGGAAACCUCCUGCAGAGACUGGACGAGACCUACUUCGGGGAUCUUCGCCAGCUCAAAGAACUCGACUUGCAGAGGAACGUCAUCUUUGAGAUUGAUAGCGCCUUUCACGGCAACACCAAGCUCCAGCGGCUCAACUUGGCCUACAACUAUCUGCCUUGUUUGACCGACUUCCAAAUGACCCAGCUGGUGGUCCUGAACGCCAGCCACAACUUCAUCGAGUGGUUCAUCUCUCGACAAGAUCUCAAUGACACUUUCCAGCUGGAGACGCUCGAUCUAUCAGACAACAAACUGCUCUUCUUCCCUUUCUUGCCCAGCCACAGUCGUCUACGCAACCUCUACCUGGCCCACAACACCCUCAGGUUCUACGAAAACCUGGAUUUCCCGAACUCGACUACGUCCGUUGAGUUCUACAACCUGAACAAGAACGUGAGCAACAUCACCGCUCAGCUGUGGAAUGACAGCCUUCACGGUGACAUCUCGUCUCUGGAGAUAUUGGAUCUAAGAGUGAACCAGGUGCAGUAUUUCCCCCAGGGAUUCAUCCAGAAAAUGUCCGCCCUCUUCAGACUCCAGAUGUGCAAAAACUGUCUGAAAUCCUUGAAUCUAACGUCUGAACAGUUCUCUGGCAGCUUGUAUGAGCUGGACGUCAGUGACAACAGGCUGAACGAGAUUGUAGCAGAUGAAAGAACACUGGCCACCCUUGGUAAUCUGACAUAUUUCAAUCUGAGCCUGAACGAUCUCGGGGGGUUGCCCUCGGGAUUGUUUUCCUCACUGCCAAGUUUAAGGUCAGUGGAUCUCAGCUAUAACAACGUUGACAUUUGUUUUUCCGAAGAAGCUGAGAUCAGCACGGACACUUUCGCGUCUUGUGUGGAUUGGAAAAAUGUCGUGUCCCUCGAGCAGCUUUACCUCAAAGGGUGCAACCUUCAAGUCAUUCCAAGGACGGCGUUUGCCGGGCUGUCACUAACGCAUUUGGAACUGUCCAACAACCCUGGACUUAUAGUCCAACAGCCGAUGCAAAGUCUGAGCAGAACUUUGCAACAUCUAGGCUUAGGAAACACUCACAUACAAGACUUUGAUUUCUCGUCUUUCGAAAAUCUGAGGUUUUUAAACAUUUCAAGGAACUCUCUUGCACAUCUUCCUCAGUCGCUCCUAAACCUUGACCUGAAAGUGCUCGACCUGAGGGACAACAGACUGUCCACCAUCCCUCCAGGUGUGGCCAACGCAUUAGCUCCAAAACUUCGCUUUGUUUUCCUGACAGGAAAUCCCUUCAACUGCUGCCAAACGGAGUGGUUCAGGACAUUCGAAAAGACAAAGACGAUCAGUAUGGUCGAACAAUCGGACAUUGAAUGCGAGGAUCCUCUCGUAACGACACACAGAGUUCAGCACUUACCGUCAUUUGUGUGCUCGGGCGACGCUAGGGAAUCGAUAUUCUGGUACAUUGUGCUGUUUGUACCCAUCUGCCUUUCGUUUGUGGGCAUUUCGGCAAUUGUCCUUUUCACCUUCAAGCCCAAAAUGCUUAAAAAAUCCAUUAAAAAGAAGUGUCUGAAGCGUACAUCCUACUGAUACUGAACACAUACUAAGUGUGGGGGAUGAACUGUGGAAAUAAACUGACUUCCAUUGUAAAA